CAGCCGAGUGAAGAGCCGAGCGAGCCCGUGCUGCCGAGCUCGGGCGCCACGGAGCCGUGCGCCCCGCUGGCCCCAAUGUUCCUACACACAGCGAUGAGGUAUUACAGGCUAUGGAUCUACACCUGCAACCUGGCGCUCCUGCUCAGCGCGCUGGCAUUCUCCGUGGCAGCAGCCUGGGUGUUGUCAGACUACCGGGCCGGCCUGGUGCCCGGACUGCAGCUGGCCGACCCGACGUUCGCGUACGCCGUUCCGGCACUCUUGCUCCAGGGCGGACUCCUCCAGGCCCUGGGGUGCCUGGGUGCACUUCGCAUGAACCAGCGGCUGCUGCACGCCUACUGGGGACUCCUGCUGGGCCUCCUGCUUGGGGACGCCCUCGCGGGGCUCGCUUGGCUCUUCCGGUACCGCAACCUGGUCGCUGGACUCCGCGACGGGCUCAUGGACGACUUCCAGGACGGCUACGGCCUCAGACCUGGCUACCGGCUGCUCUGGGACAGACUCCAGAGCGAGACCAAGUGCUGCGGGGUCGACGGCCCACAGGAUUUCAACGCGACGGCGUGGCUCCGCGAACAACGGACGGCCUACCCCUGGCUACGACAACAGGUGCCACCUUCCUGCUGUCCCCUGACAUCUCCCUUCAGGGACGGGCCAUCAGAGCCCUGCUUCCAGCACGGCUCUGGUGCCUACCAGACUGGCUGCCACGAGGUCCUGCUACGCUGGCUCCAGCGGAGUGCAGACUUGUUGUGCGUGCUCGGCUUCUGUGUGAUGGCCUUCCUCAAACUGUGCUUCCUGGGCAUCCUCCGAUACGAGAUCCGCGAAAUGAUCCAAAAGAUUCGUAUCCUAACCGAUCAGGGAGACGAUGGUGUGCCGUCAGUGCCCACAGCAGGACUCGAGCCUCGAGGAUCCUUUGGAAGUCAUAGAGGUGGGGACGGAGUGCUGCUGCUCGACAAGCGCGGCAAGACGUCCAACGGGAACAACAAUGACGCUUCCUUUGACGAGUGCAACAAGUCUAGUCCUGUGUGACUAGAACUUGAAUGUGUAGCUCACUGUGGUAUGUGGGGACACGCAAGCCGGGCAUGGGAAGCCUGCCGGAAAGCCUUAAGAAGUUGCUGGCAGCCUGUUUCGUGGGCCGUGAAACCCGAAGUGAAGGGCGGGGUACGCUUCUAACCCGCAUCUGCGGGGUCACCGCAUGCCCACCUGCGUGGAAGCUCCGAUGCAGCGUCACCUGCCCUUCCAGACAUCAGGGCAGCAUGAUCACAGAGCUUACUUACGGCUGCUUUUGAAUGCAUGAGUGCCGAAGAGAUGGCACAUGACAGCCAUGAGAGCUGUUCCAAGUACAGGGUCACCUUGCUUUCUU